GAAAACCCUCCUGACUGUGCUGCUGCCCGGCCAGUAAAAAGAGAUUCUGAUUGCAUGUAACAGGCUGCAGUCAACGACUCACUUUUUCCGAUGGGGAGCGUCUAACACACACACUCACACUCACACACACUCACACACACUCCUUUGUCGCUGCGGUUUCGUUGCAAGGUGGUUGGAGAUGCUCCAGCGGACAGUGAGCAGAGCCUGGCUCUGCCUGUCCUGCUGCCUGCUGCUGGCUGUCUGUUCCCCAGCAGAGGAUGCAGGAUCAGCAGGUUCUCUUCACUUUGAGCAAAUGUCAGGGGAGCCAGACGUAGAGGACUUGGAGUGGGGAUCUGGAUCGUCUAUUCUGCACCUGCUCCACAGCUUCCCUGCCGACAGCCCCUUCAUAACGGAGACCCCAGAAAAACCAGUUAACUGCACCCAGCGCUUCUGGUUACCGCCGUCCCCUCCGAUCUGCUGGGAAAACAUCGCUGGGCCCGAAGAGUUUGCAAAGUCCCGUCUGCUUGUUCUGCAGAACAGGGCUGCGCUGCAGGCGGUGUCCACCUCCAGCGGGGUGGAAGAAGGGGGAGUCUCCUACGACUACCAGGCCAGAGAGGAGGUCCAGGGGAUUCGCUCAGAGCACCAGAAGAUGGUAGAAACUAUGCAGACCAUGGAGACAGUGUUUGUUGGUCUGGCAGAGAAGAGGAAAGAAGGGAAGGACCAAGGAGCACUAACAAGCAUGAAGGAGCAUCUGGCCAACACGAGGGAUGCUAUAGAGGGCAGAGAGCACAUGGCAAACCACCUGGAGAAGCAGUUUUCUACUUUAGAGAAGAAUCUGCUCAACAUGCAGCUUCGACUCAGCAAAUUCAUCCGACAGUGACGACCCUGGAAACACCAACCCCCUUAUUGCAACUGUAUUUAUACAUGAAUGUACAACAAUGUAGCAUGCAUGGUCAGGAUUAUUUUAGUUUUUAAUAUGAGAACAAAAACACACUUGAUAAGCACCUUAUUGUUAUAUCAGCACAUGUACCACAGCAAAAAGUGUAACCUGGAAUCGGCAGAUCAAUAAACUUCACAUUAUCAGGGA